ACGAUGUCUACUAAGGCGGGAAUAGGAGAACCAAUCCCUCCACACUACCUACACACUCGCGCCGUUGCUUUCUCUCUUUAGACUGUAGCUUCGUGACUAUGAUCCAACUGGAUUCUCUCUCCUUCCGAUUUUGAAUUGAUCGAGUUCAAUUCAUCUUCAAGUUCCCUUUUCGUUUUGUGUUCACAAGUUUUUAGGGUUUAUAUUUGUUCUGAUUUGAUCAACUGAGUGCCGCCAAUCCGCCAUGGAAGUUGAAAUCAACAUGCUGGAGUCUGAGGGUUCAAUCGGAAACAAGGUUAAACACGACAAGGAUGUUAUGAAGCCUAUUAGUGAAGCUAUCACAUCUGGAUCUCUAGACUCAGAUAUGUCAAACCAUGGUGAUGGCAAUGAUGAUGAUGAUGACAUGGUUGAUGAUGCCUUUGAUUUUGAUGAUGAUGAUGAUUAUAUGUUUGAGAAUUUCAAAGAAGAUGAUGAAGCCCAUUAUUUGAGCAUGCAAGCCCAAUUUGAUAAUGUUGAUUUGCCCCCUGGUGUGGAAGCAUCUUUUUCGUGGUUGAACGACCUUCCAUCGUCCACAAGUACCACUGUUGGCCUGAGCAAUUCAUCCCUGAUGGAUCCUAUAACCCUCUCUGUAGAAACCCACGAUCAUGAAAUACCGAAUAUACCCUUUAGCAAAAGUAAAGACAUUGCUUCUAGCAGUUUGUCGGUCCUUCCAAACAUAAUGUCAAGUUCUGCAUCAGAAAAGGAAGAUGUAACUGAAGAAGAGGUGAAGAUGAAGUUUGAUCACUUCAAACUAUUUGAUAUUGUUGAUGAUUUUGCUGAUCAUCAUUUCAAUGAUGCUGGUUUUCAAGGCCAACGGCCUCCAAAGACCUGGACAAAGAAAAUUCAGGAUGAGUGGAAAAUACUAGAGAACAACUUACCAGAUACCAUCUUUGUGAGGGCAUAUGAAACAAGAAUGGAUCUUUUGAGAGCUGUGGUUGUAGGAGCAGCAGGCACUCCGUAUCAUGAUGGCCUUUUUGUCUUUGAUAUGCACCUUCCUCCAACCUACCCAGACAGCCCCCCAAUGGUUUAUUAUUACUCUCGUGGCCUUCGGCUAAACCCCAACUUAUAUGAAUCUGGAAAAGUCUGCCUUAGCCUUCUCAAUACUUGGGCUGGUAUAGGAAACGAGAAUUGGGUGCCAAAUAGAUCAACCAUGCUUCAAGUCCUGUUGUCAAUACAGGCACUGAUUUUGAACGAUAAGCCGUUUUUCAAUGAGCCUGGGCAUGAUGAUAUGUAUCCUGGAGCUGUGGGAGAGAAGAAAUCCAAGAUAUAUAAUGAACGCACUUUCAUUUUAUCCUUGAAAACAAUGAUGUAUACACUUGGGAGACCCCCAAAGCACUUUGAGGAUCUUGUUGUUGGACAUUUCCGUAGCCGUGCGCAUGCAAUUUUGUCAGCGUGCCGAGCUUACAUGGAGGGUUUUGAAGUAGGUUUGAUGGUCAAUGGAGGUGAGAAGAAAGAUGGGUCAAAGACGUUCAAGGCAGACGUGGGUAGAAUGGUUAAUGGUCUGGUUUCAAGCUUGAGUAAAUGUGGUGCAACUAACUGUGAUCAGUUUCGUGUUGGAAGCUGAUGGCUCCCCCAACCCCACAACUUUUGUGAAAAGUAGUGGUUUAAAUUGUAAGAUAAGAAACAGUAACUCCCUAGUAAUCUGGACGUGGGGAAUAGUAAAUAUUUUAGAGAACGUGAACAAUAUUCACAUGUGAAUGUGAACAACUGUUUUAACAGUUUCAUGGAGUUACCGUUGUUGUUGUUGGUUG